AUGCCGUCAGAAUGGCUGGAGAAAGAGUUUCGCCCGAACAAUCCACCGAAUGCAAGCAUCAAAGAGGAGGCUAACGAUGAGCAAGAAGAGCUUUCGACCGAGAAAGGACUCCCUGAAUAUUUCCCAAUACAGUUCGAAGGAUCGGGGAAACAUCAGUAUCAAACGAACUUUGAAUUCGACAGAAACAUGCCGGAUGCAGAGCAAAUACCCCAUUCCCGAAGGGGGCCGUCCCGUCGCGCCACGCAACAAGUUCAGCCAGAGAUACCUAAAGAAAAGCAUCAUCAUGCGCGCCAAAAAGCCAAAGAAAUAUUGGACGAUGAGGAAGAAGAACUUUUGCCGGAUCAAGUUAAGAAAGAGAAUCUUCACGACCGUCAACGUGACCGUGAUGAAUCAGGCUGCCGUUGUCAGUCUCUGUAUUGCGAAUGCCCAGGAUGUAGCCAUUCGGAGCAAGUCAAGCAAUUGAAUGCAGAAACACGGAGAAAAUGGGGAUCGGAACAAGCCCAAGAGCAAACCUGUGGCAGUGGAUGUCAGCAGCAGAAGUGUUCCUGUCUUCCGGGGCUGCAUUGCUGCAACAAUUGCCAUACGCAUUCCAAGAAAAGCGUCGAAGGGCAGGACAGUUACGAGGGCAAUUUACCUAGACAGAAAUGCCAAUGUCAGUCCAGUAAUUGCCAGUGCAAUGAUUGUCCCGAACAUAUAAGGGCGAAAGCCGAAUAUGGACCUUCAAGCGAAGAACUCGUCCAACAAUCAGAUAUAUGGGUUCGAUGCUCAGAGCCUCCGCCUGACUGGCAGGAUCAAUUUCCAGAUGGCGAGUUGGUGUGGGCCAAAGACGGAAAAUUUUCCAUCCAAAGCGGUUUAAACUGGGGGAUGCCUCGCGAGACGAUCGAAAGAUUCGACAAGGAAAUCGUUCCUGGGAGGCCAGAUAUGUCCCGCGAAGAGAGAAGUAAAGCGCUGUUCGAAUUUCACCGUCUCGAGAUGGAAGAAGAGAACAGAUGGAGGGGCCAGCAUGCAAGAUCAGAAGAACAUGACCCUAAAUCGGCCGAGUACAAAUGUAAGGAUUUUGCGUACAUCGAAGCCCAAGCCUUUUCGUGCAUUCGUGGUAGCGAGUGUGCUUGCUCUCCAGGUACCUGCAAAUGCGGCGACAGGCAACAUGAACCUCCAUCGAUCAUGGUGGAGGAACCCGGAGAGAUCAGACCCAACAAACAUGAUGCAUCCUUUCCACAGCCACAACAAGUGACAAGACUCUGCCAAGAAGAGGACGUCGAUCGAACUGUGACUUCGAAUCUGAACACGGGAGGCCCCUGUCCGGAACACCUUCAACUGCCGGAGUUAAUGAGCGAAUCGUCCACUCAAUCUUCCUCUCGAGUUGGAACCUCGAUUGAUUCUGUCCGUCAAGGGUCGAACAUAUUUAUAAGCCGACCAGACACUCCACGACCUCCUGCGACCUCGGUUCCAUCGACACCGUAUGCUUCGGACGUCCUUCAAGACCAUAUUCAACAAAGUGUAGAGCCUAAACUGCCACGGCCGAAUUGGCUCCGGGGGUCAACGCCUGCAUAUGAAGAUCGCUCUCUCACUCCGUCUCCUAUCUCUAGGCGUGGAGCUGAUGUGGCAAUGCGAGAUGUCUUGGGAGAAGUCUCACCCCCGGCAUGGGACCGGGAAGAAUCCUUUCCACCAGCAACGCUACAAUCCGAAUCCCGGAUGAAAGUGAGCCCACAUACUUCACCAAAGAAGCCGGUCCUACCCCCAAUACCCACCGGCACUAGUCCGUUGAAACAGCCCAAACGUGGGGAUAGACGGAAAUCCGGUGUUCAGGGCGCCAAAGUCGACAAAAGAUCUGUGACUGGUUCGACCAAGCCAACGUCGACGCCCACGAGCAGGAAUGUGGCCAGGACACCUACAGCUGUUCGUCAGCCCACAAGUUCGGUUGGAAAAUUGGUCGAGCGGGCACAGAAGGUUGUCGGGGAAGACGGAGGGAAAAGGAUUACCGGAGCAGGGAAGGGCAAGGCAAAGGCAGGUGACAAGGCCCCCCGGGCGGUGGAGGAGAUCGAAAAGCAAAUAAGGCGUCAAGAGGAGGAGGAAUAUAGGAAGCAGAAGGACGGAACCCCGGUGCGCAGGAGUGCGAGGGCGAACAAAGGUGUGAGAACGUCGACGGGCAGUCUUCCUUGA